CGGGCCGCGGCCUCCGCUUCCGGCAGCGCGGGUGACGUGACGGUGCCCCUCCCAAGAUGGCGGACAACCUGCCCUCCGAGUUUGAUGUGGUGGUGAUAGGGACCGGUCUGCCUGAAUCUAUUAUUGCAGCAGCAUGUGCCAGAAGUGGCCAGAGGGUUCUUCAUGUUGAUUCGCGAAAUUACUAUGGUGGAAACUGGGCCAGUUUUAGUUUUUCAGGAUUAUUGUCCUGGAUUAAAGAAAAUCAGCAAAAUACGGAUAUCAAGGAUGAAUGUGAAGACUGGAGAAAAUUGAUCCUUGAGAAUGAAGAAGUUAUUUCUCUUAACAAGAAGGAUAAAACUAUUCAACACGUAGAAGCUUUCUGUUUUGGCGAUGAGGAUGCAGCUGAAGAUGUUGAAGAAGCUGGUGCAUUAGCACGGGUGCCUGCCUUUGGAGCCUCUGUUGCUGAGGAGGGUGCUGAAGAACCAGAAAAAGAAUGCUCACCACUGGAGAGCUCCGUACCUGGGGCUGAGAACUGGGAAUCAGAGAAAGCUACGAGCACGGAUCCAGCAAGUGCAGCAGAAGGAAACAUUACAGAAAUAAACUCUGAGAAUGAAAGUUCUCAUAAUACAGCUUCAGGUGAAUCCACUCUGGAAUUGGGAAAAACUGAAGCUGCACUCUCAGAAGUUUCUGCCCAGGAACCAAAGAAAAUCACAUAUUCCCAAAUUGUUAGAGAAGGCAGAAGAUUUAAUAUUGAUUUAGUUUCUAAGCUGCUUUACUCCCGAGGUCUGUUAAUUGAACUUCUGAUCAAGUCAAACGUUAGCAGAUAUGCAGAGUUCAAAAAUGCAACACGAAUUCUUGCCUUCCGAGAAGGAAAAGUAGAACAGGUACCUUGUUCUAGAGCAGAUGUCUUCAACAGCAGGCAGCUUGCGAUGGUGGAAAAACGAAUGCUAAUGAAAUUUUUGACAUUUUGUUUGGAGUAUGAACAGCACCCUGAAGAAUACCAAGACUACAAGAACAGUACAUUUGCCCAGUUCUUAAAAACACGAAAGUUAACACCUAGCUUGCAGCACUUCGUUCUUCAUUCUAUCGCAAUGGUUUCGGAAAAUGAUUGCAACACUCUUGAAGGUCUUCAGGCAACAAGAAAGUUUCUUCAGUGCCUUGGCCGCUAUGGCAACACACCAUUUUUGUUUCCUCUGUAUGGUCAAGGAGAGAUUCCACAGUGUUUUUGCAGGAUGUGUGCUGUAUUUGGUGGUAUCUAUUGUCUUCGCCAUUCCGUGCAGUGCCUUGUAGUGGACAAAGAAUCAGGACGAUGCAAAGCAGUUGUUGAUCAUUUUGGACAAAGAAUAAGUGCCAGCUAUUUUAUUGUGGAAGAUAGUUACCUUUCAGAGAGCGUAUGCGUAAAUGUGUGUUACAGGCAGCUCUCCAGAGCAGUACUCAUUACAGAUCAGUCUGUGCUAAAGACAGAUUCAGAGCAGCAGGUUUCUAUUUUGACAGUGCCUCCAGUGGAUUUAGGACAACCAGCAGUUUGUGUCAUUGAGCUGUGUUCCUCAACUAUGACAUGCAUGAAGGACACAUAUUUAGUCCAUUUAACCUGUCCAUCAACAAAAACUGCGAGGGAAGAUUUAGAGCCUGUUGUAAGGAAGUUAUUCAGUCUAAACGCUGAAACAGAAAAAGAAACUGAAGGUGAAGAACUGGAAAAACCUAGAGUCCUCUGGGCAGUAUAUUUUAACAUGAGAGAUUCUUCAGGAAUUGACAAAAAUUCAUACAGUGGUUUGCCCUCAAAUGUGUAUGUCUGUUCUGGUCCAGACUCAGCUUUAGGAAAUGACUGUGCUGUCAAACAGGCUGAGACUAUUUUCCAGGAAAUGUUUCCUACAGAGGAAUUUUGUCCAGCACCACCAAAUCCAGAAGAUAUUAUUUAUGAUGAAGAUGAGAUUGCAUCAGAAGAGACAGGAUUCAAUAAUUCACCAGAGACAAAACCUGAAUCCUCGCUUCAGGAAAGCAGUAGCAGAGGUAGUACUGGUGUUAAAGAGCUUAAUGAGGAAUGAAUUAGCUCCAUUCUCUUAGCAGAAGAGGCACUUGGCAAAAGUUAAAGUUAAAGGGAGGAAGGGGAAAAAAAAAA